UGAUGGCAUAGUUGCAUCAGCUGCGCGAUUCACCUGCGACACUCGUCGCUAUAGGUUAUGUUACCGAAUUCUCUUUUACGCAGUAGCAGUCGAGCGCCGCAGUGUUGGUGAAAAGGGGGCUUCCCUGUCACUCCUACCAUCUCGGCUUUUAUUUCGAGUACCAAUGAUGCCAGUGUGCAGCAAGUCGUACGUGGUCGACUUUGCGCUGAGUCUGAAUUUUCCGAGAAACGAAAUAAGUAAACAAGAGCCUUGCGAAAGCAGAAGCUCGUUCCGCCUCUGCUGUUAAUUGUGUGUCGACCACCUCCGUGCACGGCAACCUCGUCGUGAACGAGCAGUUAUACAAUGGAGAAAUCGAAAAUAGAUGAAUUGAAGGCAGCCGUGUACUGGUUGGCAGUCAACUAUCAGCAAAACUUCUAUGAGGUCAGCAGCGACUGGAAUAAGUACAAGAUAGAUGAACACCAGUACCUCAAAAAUUACAUAGGAUAUGCGCUUUACGGCCCUCCUGAGUAUGAGGAAUUAUGUGGAGAUACCGAAGAUGGUGCUUAUAUUUAUAAAGAGAAUGGAGCAAUGCAGUUAAUAGACACUAUUUAUGAUAAGAUAGUCGAGCAUGGAACCCAAAUGACUGAGGAAAAGGAGGUGCUUUGCAGUAUAUUGUACACAUGUAUUUACGAUGAAGGUUCCUUACCAAAUUGUGAUGAGCAUAAAUUGCACGAGCUUGUAUUCAUUAGGCCAGUAUUCAAAAUACAGAAAAAUAUUAAGGAGAAAAAGGAAGUCAAGCUCAAAGCUUGGUACAUCGACACAGAAGCAAGAGUAUACAAAAAUUGGAAUGACUUCCUCAAAAAUAAUAACAUGCCAACAUGCAUUAUGAUAGCCCCCAAAGAUGGAAUUUAUCAAGCAGAUUUAAAAGAAGUUUGGUCUGACAAAACAUCUACUGUGUGGGUGGAGACGCAUAGCAAUAAUGCAACUAGAAAAUACACCAGUGCAGUAGAUGUAGCAAGUACUCUUGUAAAUUUUGGAUGUGUUGGCAUUGGCAUUGCUGCCAUGUUUAACCCGAUUUCUGCUCCAGUUGCCAUUGCAGGUGCAGUAGGAGGAGCUGUAUCCGGAGUAUGGGGCGGAGGUCGAGCCAUAGGUGAAUUAGUCGAUCGCGGCUCCCAUGACCAAUCAAUCAGUGUCAUCAACAAGCACGCUCUACCAGCUUGGCUUGGAGUAGCAGGUAGUACUUUAGGAUUAGCAGCGAGCAGUGGUUCUGCUCUUCUAUCCAGGGCCAUACGCACAGGCACCAGUGUAGGCAAGAGUGCCCAGAUUGCCCAUGACGCGAUCAUGAUCAGCAAUCUAUUCAUCAACUCCGUGGGCGUUGGCUACAAUUCUCUCAACAUGGUACAGAAGUACCGAGAAACCGGAGAAGUAUCCGCCAAAGACAUAUUCUUCCUGACCGCACACGUACUGUUCAUCUGUAACUCCGCUGUGAAAAUGAGACUAGCCUCGGAAAUCAUCAAGUCGGACCAAAAUCAAAUUCUCAAAGACUAUGAGGACAGUCUUCGCAGCAAUAGGCAUCGCAAGGAAUUCCGUCGUCUUGUCAGAAACACCGGAACCAACAUAGCCGACAAGGUUCACCGAAACGAGCAGAUCAUCCGAUCCCUAACGAAGAUCAGCAACAAGGAUGAGUUUUUCGCUACCAUGGUGCAAAACCGCAAGAUCUUUGCGACGGCGGGCACUCAGCUUUCCUUCGCCGAUGGCCAAGUGCAGGUCAAUGGAGUGACGCUCAUUAGUCCAUCCACGUUUGCGUCCAUGUCAAAGGACAACCUUAUGGCUCUAAUUAAUCAAGGAUCAGAAAGCAAUCCUUCAAUGCAGGCCAGCACAAGCAUGUCCAGCGGCACCUUCAUGUCGGCAAAUGUACUCAAGGCAGGAAUGUCUAGGGUUCGGGACUUCUACGUGCAGAAGUCGGUGUCGUCCUCGGUGCCGCUGGAAACACACACUACCGAAUACAAGGGCAUCAUCAACGAACUUCAGAACCUCCCGGAAAAGUCCAAGAUAUUUGGACUGCUGUUGCAAACAGGUUUAUGCAUUGCGAAAAAAAUCUGCCAGCGAGGAAACUACACCGAGGACGAUCUGCUCGCAGACACCACCAACUUCAUCUGGAAUGUGGCGAAACUGAAUGUUGCGAAUCACCUACCCGGUAUCAAUAUAUACGAUGCCAAGUACCAGGAUAUCAUCAUGAGGAUCGUGAAGGCGACUCACGACUACGUCAAGGCAAACUGCAGCGAGUGGGCCAACGCCUUCCGCAAAUACAUGAAUCAAGGACAUUUAGAUUCGGGAAUCGAAGAAGAGCUUUUUAAGAGCUCGGAUAAUAUAGAAUUGUGCAGGCAUUUGAGCAACGAGUCGCAGAACUCUUACAACGACAUUGAGAUGAUGGACCCAGCAGAGGUGAUGUCUCUGCCGAUAGAGGUUUCAACGAUAAUAGUGCAGGAAUCGUUGGAGUCCACUGGCUCGAAAAUGAACGAGGACACCCGCCCCCCUAAGGAAAUGCUCAAGCUCUGCGAAACCGAGCUAAGCGACUUUUUCAUGAAGCAUCCAACUUCCCUAGAUUUUAAAUUAUCAGAAUUGCCGAAUGAAUUAAAGGGCAUCCUGCUAGAUCUAAAGGAUUUUGAGAGAAAGAAUAUCAUAUUCUACAAGCUGCUGAUCAUCGCCAUUAACAUCACGCAAGGCGCCGAGGAGGAGGACGCACCUCUAAAGAAGGAUACGCUGGUGAACGUCAUGCAAUGUCUGUGGAUCUUCGUCAACAUGAACUUCAGUGAGAUCAUGCCGAACGUCUGCAUGUUCAACGGCGAAUACGAGGGCUUCGUCAUGAACAUUGUCAUCAGGUUGUAUAAAUACCAGAUAACCCAACCGAAGAAGUGGUUAAGUGCCUUCCAUGAGUAUCGAGCAAAAUUCGGCAAACAGUGAGAGAAAAUAAUUGAAAUGUGAUAGCGCAAUGCGAAUUUUGUUAAUUUAUUAAAGUAGGAUAUUAAUUGUAUAUGCACCAACGCCAAUUAGGAAACAAAUUAAAACUGUAGUAUAUAAUUGAUUAGGCGCAUACUUGAGACAAAUUUUGUACAAUAUCACGUUGAUUUUGAUAUUUACAUCAGAAAAUUCGAAAUAUCGUAGGUAUGAGUGCAAAAGGUUGUGCACGAUUACUUUUACUGCAAUGUAUGAAUUACUGCUUUUUAUAGCGGAGAAUUUGCGUACCUGUUAUGAUUGUUGUACUCUAUUUCUAAGUUAUUAAAUUAGCUUUGGCACGCGAAAAAAUCGCUAAACGAAUUCCAAGUCAGCUAUUAUUUGAUAAACUAAGAAACAACUCUAAUCAAAGAAGUAGAUGUUAAAACUCCAAAACUAGUUUAGGAAAAAAAGUAAUGGGUAAAUCGAGCUUUCAAUCUGAAAUCGAUUCAAAUAUUUUUUUAUGAGGCCAGAACAAUCUUAAACUUGCACAACAAAGAUACAUAUCAUAUUUUAUAUCUAACUUUACGUUUAGUCAAUAAUAGCUGUCUUUAUAUGCUUCUACACAGACGAAAGAAAUGGAUAUUAUACGUAUAUAUACACAGUGUUGGAUAAUUUGCUUAGCGCUUACAUUAGACAUAAAAGCACGAAAUUAUAUACAUGAUUUGUACAAUGAGAAAGCCGCUUGGUUUUGUAUAACUUUUUGUAGACUGUAUUGUAUAAACUCCAAUAAACACGUACGAUUGUGUAACUUCGACUCA